AUGUGAAAGCAAAUAUCCCAAGUUUCAUAUGGGUGUCAUCUUCACUACUGAAAUGAAAGCAUCAGAUAGCGACCUCAAGAUAUAUGAAAAUGCUUAAAUGUAACAGCAGGACAAUGUUUUACAACACUGCUCCAGCAGAAUGUGUUUAUUGUAAUGUUAGUUCUAUUGUUGUUCUCACGUUGUUUUGGUGGAGGUAAGGAAGUGGAUUCAUAUUGCCAAAUCCAGCGAAACCAAAUAGUGAUGCAUUGGAACUUCGUUACAACAACUGGUUACAACAUGACAUACAGGCAAAACGUUUUCACAAUGUGCCAGUCUGUCUUUGAUGAAGCACAUGGACAGUUCUUUGUCACAUGCAGUUUCUAAAUUCACUGAGGAAAAUAUGACAAUUACAUAUCGUAUUUAUUGCCGUGUGUGAGUUUUCUAGGAAAGAUUUUUGCCAUACCCGUACACUUGAAUUAUGAAGCUACAAAUAAGAAACAAAACCUGAUUUCUCAAGCAGAAAUGGAUAUAGCAGUCUAAACUUGUGUAAAAAAUGUUUAGUACACCAGAAUAUACACAGAAUGUAUCACUGCAACUGUCCAAAGUGCUCAAUGGUAUUGGCGUAAAUGAAAUAAUGGUUUGGAAGAGGAGGAGGACUGAACUUUGUGCAGAAUCACUUGGAACAAUUGUAGCAAGAUUACAUGAUUAUAAUGUUACAAAGUUUCACUUUGGCAGCCGUACAGAAGGCACAACUACACUAGGACUUCUGCCAGAUUUUGACACCCUUGUCUGCCACAAUCACUUCAAUAUUAUACAAGACAUAGCAGAAUGGCAACCUGGAUUUAUUAACCUUUUAAUGAUCCGGGAUGAUAGUACACCGCCUGGAUACUGCUUGCUACAGAAGACAGAUGAAGAUGUCCCCGUACCUGCUGAAUAUGUCCCUAAUGAUAUUUUUGUCAGAGACAGAAGGGGAAGGAUAUUAAUGACAAACACAUGGUCUUUCAAUAAUAUCCCCGAAGGAUUUAUAAGACGGGGUCCUGCACAUACAAUCAUAGGACAGCCUGGCUAUUCUGAUAAUGACACGGUUCAUGCUUAUUACUGUAAGUCGUGGCCUCUAGAGGCAUUAACUUGGUUACAAAGACAAAGUGUAGGACACUGGCCUCCUUACGAAAUAAAGAGGGCAUCCUUGUUUGACGGCUGUUUUGUCGUUCCUGUUGGCAGAACGGGUACCGUGGACGAGGAACUACAAUGGAGAAUAUCCACCUCUCUUACAGAACGUAAACUAAUGUUCAGUUUAAACAUUACUCAAAUUAGAUGUUACGUGUUAAUGAAGAUGAUUUUGAGAUCCUUCCACAUCCUUACAACUGAUGAUGCACUUUCAAGUUUUAUAUGUAAAACAGUUUUGUUACAUUGUAUUGCAACCACACAAGAAAAUUUCUGGCAAGAAAAUAAUUUAUUAACCUGUUUAAAUGUCAGCCUAACUAUUCUUUGGAUGGUUGUGUAUUUUGAAAACUGUCCGCACUUCAUCAUACAUGAAAACAAUCUAAUGGAAGGGCGCAUUUCAGCCGAACUGAAACCACAAAUACUUGAAAUCAUUUCUCAGAUUAUAUCAAGUAAUGGUAGAGCACUGCUGGGGAUUCAAACUGACUUCCUUGGUAUGCUAUUGAGUUUUCACUUCAACCGUAUUCAACAAAACGGAAUGAAUGAUAUACAGGCUCAAUCAGCCAUAGAAAGUUAUCUCCAUGUUUCUGGAAGCCUGUUGUGGAAUUUGGCAGGACGUUUGAGCAAACGAUAUAACCAACUUCUUUUAAGUUUGGCACACUGUAAUACAAGAACGGCAUUGCAAUUUUUAUUACAGUCGGUUAACACACUGGUAGGCAUGUAUCAAGAUGGCAAUGAAUUUAUACAAAUUGCCACCAAACUUCUUAUGCCCUUAUUGUACACGUCUUUAGGGACAGUUCUUGUCUCAAACAAUCUUUCCACCAACGGAAUCAUAACACAAGAAGCUGUUGCCUGGUUUUUCCAUGGUUUAAAGUCGGAUGUUUCCUCUAAACUAAAACUCGCAUCAAUAAUCUAUUGUACUGGAGACAUGCAACGAACAGAAUUAAUUCUAAAAAACAUAGAACAUUGCUGUGAUUUAAAGAAUGUUCAAUCCAUGUGUGUUUGCAAUGAACAUGGCCGGGUACCAAAUAAGGCUUUUGAUAUUAUGUCUGCUUUUGGACAUGAGGAAAAUGUCCUACACAACACAGCCUUUCGUGUGAGAUUCUUGCCUUGCGAAUUUAAUUGUAUUCCAGAAGAGCUUCAGCACGAACUAUUCAGAUCUGAGUACGACAUCCCAUAUUUCAGAAGAGAAGAUGACAGCUGGAUGGAUUUGGCUGUUGUAGACUCCCUUCCUUUAUUUUACUUUCUACAAUACAAUGUCUACAGCCAUCUCGAAGACCAGGAAAAACAACAGAGAGCAAUGGAUAACUUUAGAAGGAUAAUAGACACGGAUCCAAACCUUGGACACCGUGAAACAGCGUUGAACUUACUAGGGCAGUGUAUGGAACAAUCAUAUAGACUUGACGAUGCAUUACGUUGCUACAGCAAAUCAAAAAGUUUGCGGCACACAAAUAAUGCUGCAAAUUUUCAUAUAUGCCAUCUAUUAUAUGAAAUGUAUGAUGUUAAUUAGGGAAAAUUUGUUACAAAAGUGGUGGAAAACAGAAAGUCCCGGUGAAAAAAUGAAUAAUGCAGUACAUACUAGUAUCAUUUUGGUAUUCUAACACUGACUUUCACUGCGAAAUGGUGACCAGUAAUACAGUUUAAAUAAAACCAACAAAAACUGAAAAGGUCUAAAAGGCAGAUCUUGGACGGAAACUCAAUUAUAUUACCCCAGUAAUUUUGGCAUUAUACUGUGACUGUUUCUCGAUAAAAGCUUAAUGAAAGUCUUUCCCCCACAUAAGUGCUUCUUCCAUAAAGUAAUAUUUUCUUAAAUCUUAAUAAUAAUCAAAUGUAUAUUACAGUACAGUUUUGUCUUGCAUAGUUUUGCUGUCUUGUUAAGCUGAGUUUUAAAAAAAAAUAUGCUCGCUUUGUUUCGUGUUAAUGAAUCUACCAACACCUCAAAAUUAUUUCUUUUAAAUUCACACAGAGCAAAAAACGUUUUGA